UGUAUUUUAUUACGUGGCUAGAAAAGUAAGCCGGAUAAAAAUGUUUUACAAAUAAAUCUGUGUUAGCCUUAAAAGAAGUGAUUUGGUAUAGUUAUAGCUUGUAAUGAAAAAUCAGCAUAGAGAAAGAAAAUUAAUGAAAAUCGAAUUUUGUAAACUUUUUUAUCCCAUCACAUCCGUCAGAGAUUUUGUUGCCUAUGUACUGUGCAGGAGGUAGAAAAUUGGGUGGCGUUGUAAUGUCAGAAACAGGGCAAAAAAGGUAAAUAGUAUAUGAUGGAUCAACAGUUUUGUCUGAGAUGGAACAACCAUCCCACAAAUCUGACAGACGUACUAAGCAGUCUUUUACGAAGAGAAGCUCUAUGUGAUGUAACUUUAGCCUGUGACGGUGAAACGUUCAAAGCCCACCAAACAAUCCUCUCAGCAUGUAGUCCAUAUUUUGAAACAAUUUUUAUACAAAAUGCUCAUCCGCACCCUAUAGUUUUCCUCAAAGAUGUCAAUUACAACGAAAUGAAAGCACUGUUAGAUUUUAUGUAUAAAGGAGAAGUGAAUGUGUCCCAAAAUUUACUACCGAUGUUCCUAAAAACUGCAGAAGCCUUGCAAAUUAGGGGCCUCACAGAUAAGAAUUCUUUUAGUAAAAACGACGAAUUAACAGAAGUGCCAAGAAGAGACAGAGAUAGGAUAGUAGAACGAGACAGCCCUCCGAGUGAAAAAAGGAAAAGGAAAUCGUCUUCAAACUGUGAUAUGACAUCAAACUCAAACUUUGAAAGGUUUAAUGAUUCUCAGGCAUCUCAAAGGUUAAACACAAAUGUACCAAAGUUAAAUCCCAUAUCGCCUGUCGAUAGGGAUACAAAUUCAGGCCCGGAGGAUAUGAGAAUAUCCUCACCUUUAAUAAAACAAGAACCUCCGCCUCAUGAGUCCAGUCCACUUAUCGAUUCGUUUCAUUCAAUGUCAGAAGCACUGCAGACGGGUGGAAGUGUGAGCGUUCACCCGGACGACGUGAAGUUGAUGGGGCAGCAGCUUUCUGAGCUACCUGACAGCGAAACACCUCCCAUACCUCCUCCGGAAAUAACGGAUACGAUAGACGAAUCCAAUGGCGGAUCAGCUCUAUCAUAUGUAGAAAUGUUUGAAUCGUCCACGACCAAUGCCCUUUUGUGGAGGUGCAAAGCUUGUAGCAAAGAAGUUACAAACAGGUGGCAUCAUUUUCACUCCCAUACGACGCAGAGAUCAUUUUGUCCAUACUGCCCAGCUACAUACAGCCGCAUAGAUACUUUAAGAAGUCACGUCAGGUCAAAGCAUACUAUGUAUUUACUUAAUUCUGUUAAACCUGUUGUAUAAGUUAAUAAUGGCUGUUUUCUAUACUUUAGUUCAGCAAGCGGUGCACCAGAUGUAAACAGUUAUAAAAAUAAUUCGAUACCUAAUCAACUCGUUUUUUUUUUUCUAAUUAUAAAUCUCUAUUAACCGAAACAGUACCUACUUAUUAAAGAAUAGGGAACUUGUACAUUUUUGUUGUAUUACAUAAUAAUGUUCAGUUUUGUUAAAAAAUAAGAUUUAUAAAAUUUUACGCCUCAAAAACUGAUAAUAAGUUAGAAAGUACAAAUUUAAAAUCUUCUGUGUAUUUAAAUCAUUUUAAACGAUCGAAGAAGCGCGCGAACACUUGUGGCGUCAUAUGGUCACAUAAAAGUAUAUGCCUACCAUUUUGUUUAUCUUGGAGUUUGAUACAGUUUUUAAAGAGAUAGUAUUGAAUUGUGUGUGUGGUUAGUAUGGAAAAUAAAAGUAAAAAGUGUUGUUCAGCACCAUUGUUUAAAAGUAUAACCAUAAAAACCCCCAAUAAAAUAUUUAUUAGAUUACCAAUGGAUAAAAAACACCGCUUAAGAAAGUAGUUACAUGCAUCCUGAAAUGACAUUAAAGACAUUUUAGUUCAUUCUCAAGGUCUUCAUGUAUUUGAAAAUAAUUUUAAUGUAAGUAUUUAAUAUCUGCUUUCUACUUAACAGCGUUUAAUAAAUCAAGUGUAUUUUGAACAAAAAGAAAAUAAAACUUUUGGUAUAUUUUGGUAGAUGUUCAUUACAGAUUGAAUGAUAUUUGCCUAUAGAAUAUUUUUCUUGAACAGUUUUUACUAUAAAAUUAAAAUAAACUAGUCAUAUGUUUCAUCAAAUUCAGGCACAAAGGCAGAUUCUAGAAAAGUCACUAGAAUAUAACAUUCAUACCCACCAUCUCUUCGUCGACUUCAAAGCAGCCUAUGGCAGAAUUAAAAGAACUGCAUUAUAGUAGGAAAAAUGAAAGAUUACCCAUGAACGAACACAUAAUAGUAUAUUAUGCAACGAGCCUUUAAUGAUGGUCAUUAUGAAGUGAGUAUGAGGAAUUAUGAAACGAGCCGCUUAGCGGCGAGUUUCGUAUAGAGUACGAGCUUCAUAAUGAUAAUUAAAUGCAAGUUGUAUAGGUACACGAUUUAAAAUAUAUUCAAAUUUAUUAAUUUUGUAACGCAAACAAAUUAAGUAGUUUGUCAGUUUAACAGUUUGUUUACUAUUGAGAACUGUCAAAGCGUAUGUAUUUGACUCGCCAUUGGUCACUGCG